AUGGGACAGCCGUCCUGUUCGUGGCCAAUAUGGCGCGUUGACGAUUUCACCGUCUGCUUCCAGAGAGACUAUCUCAAGACCCUUUUUCCCGCCAUCAUCAUCUCCAUCUCUUUUCUCAUUGUCCUCUCACAGACGCUUCUGCGUGCGGUCAAGUUAAAACGGACGACGAACUACCGGGCGCUUCGAACCGAUCUUGACCACACCGCAUUGCCUCAGGCAGACUCAAUUGACAGUGAGGACGACACCGUUGCUGCUGUGGCAAGUCGCUCGGCAGACGAUGCCGAUGCCGAUGACGAUGACGAUGACGACGGCCUUUCCAUCAACACUGGCCGCAACACGCUCGUCCGCACAAUCACAAAGGGCUCGAUCGUCCAGGCCGACACACCGGUCGGCCAGACUCUGUCUAUCGUCGUCGAGGAUCUUGCCAUUGCCGGCCUUGUCGCCGUGAAUGCCAUCGCUCUCGCUACAGGUGCCUAUGGUGGCAGUCGUUACGGCGCCCCCGAGAAGGGCAAAGGCUCCAUUGCGGCCGUGGUUGGACUGCUUCUCUGGGUAUAUGCUUUUGUUCUGGUCACGCUUCGUCUGGUGUUGGUCAAGACGCAAUGGCGCAUUUCGCAUCUCUGGAACCAUACUGCCAUUAUCUAUUUCCUGCAAUGGCUCAUGGAUUCCGUCAUCUGCCGCUCUGUGAUCAUUCACCCGACAUCCCGCACUGUUGAGGUGCUCGUCAUUGUCGAGUUUGCCCUGACAUCACUCCUCUUCUUUAUGGCUAUCACCACGCGGAAGGGCAACAAAACGGUGCUUCUUGAGUGGGAGGAUGGCGUGCCGCCGUCGCGGGAGAGCCUUGCCUCUUUGUUCUCGCAUUACACAUUCUCGUGGGUUGACAGUAUCGUCUGGGACGGCUACCGAGAACCGUUGGAGAUGAGCCGAGUCUGGAAUUUAGACCCCAAGGACAAAGCAGCUGCCGUGCUCUCACACUACCGCCGGAUGCAGAAGCGGGCGUCGUUAGCCGCCCAUCUGCUCUUUUUUUUCAAGGGAAGUUUGGCCGUCCAGGCCGGAUGGGCCAUUAUCUCCGGUAUUUUCACCUUUGCGCCAACUAUGUUGCUGAAGGCUAUUCUCGAGUACGUCGAGGAUUCCAAGGGCGCACCCAUCAAUGUUCUGUGGCUCUAUGUUUUCCUCCUGCCCAUCACCGAUCUGGUGCGUGCCGUUGGUGACAACCGCGCGCUCUGGGUAGGCCGCAAGAUUUGCAUCAACAUCCGCGCCAUCCUCGUGGGAGAGAUUUAUGCCAAAGCUCUUCGUCGCAAAGCUGCUACCGGCAAAGACUCCGUUCUGGGCGGCAGCGAGACCAAGGAUGCAACACACGCCAAAGAUAAGAGCUGGAUAGCGUCCAUCCGGGGCAAGCUGGGCCUUUCGGCUAAGAAGAAGGGCGCUGCGGAUUCGGCAAAUGGAGCCAGCAAGAAGGCCGGCAGCAGUGCGGACGCAUCUGCCCAAGAUGAGCAGGCUAAUAUCGGCACCAUCAUCAACCUGAUGUCUGUCGACAGCUUCAAGGUCUCGGAGGUCACGGCAUAUCUGCACUAUCUCGUGGCUUCUGCGCCCACCCAGCUUCUCGUUUCCGUCUAUCUUCUCUACCGUGUCAUGGGCCUGAGUGCGAUCCCCGGCUUCAUUGUCAUGGCCGCCCUUCUGCCCAUCAACAUUGCGUUUGCCAAGGCUUUUACCACGACCCAGAAGAAGAUCAUGGCUGCUACCGACAAGCGAAUCCAGACCACGAACGAGGUGUUGCAGAACAUCCGCAUUGUCAAAUACUUUGCCUGGGAGCUUCGUUUCGGCAAGAUCGUCGACGAAAAGCGUCGCAUCGAGCUGCGAGCCCUGCGCAAGCGCUACACCAUCUGGGCAUGUGCCGUUGCCAUUUGGAAUACUGUGCCCAUCCUGAUUACCUUCUUCUGCUUCCUCGUCUACACGGUGAUCGAAAAGAAGCCGCUGUACCCAUCGGUCGCGUUCACGGCCAUCUCGCUGUUCAUGCUGCUCCGGUAUCCGCUCGACCAGCUCGGAGACAUGAUCGCCCACGUCCAGGAGUCCCGAGUGUCGAUCGAUCGUAUUGAAGAGUUCCUGUCCGAGGAAGAGACAGAGAAGUUCAUCCAGCUUGGCGAGGAGAACAUUGACGAAUCCACCGGCGAGCGCGUCAUCGGCUUCCGAAACAACGCCAGCUUUAUCUGGGGCGGCAGGGAUGUCGUGGCCAGCGACGGCACGACGGCGUUCCGGCUGAUGGAUCUGAACGUGGACUUUGCAAUUGGCAAGCUGAACGUGAUCACGGGACCGACGGGAUCGGGCAAGACAUCUCUCCUGAUGGCUCUGCUUGGCGAGAUGACGCUGACCCACGGCCGGGUCUACCUCCCUGGUGGGCGCAGCCGCGAGGAUAUCCGACCCGAUCCAGAGACGGGGCUCGCGGAGUCGUGUGCUUAUGUUGCGCAGCAGGCUUGGCUGGUCAACGGGACGAUCCGGGAGAACAUUCUGUUUUCGUCCGCGUUUGACGAGCAGCGUUACCGUGACGUUAUCGUGGCCUGUGCUCUGGAGCACGAUAUCGACGAGACCCUGGACAACGGUGACGAGACGCUCGUGGGCGAGAAGGGCAUCACGCUGUCGGGCGGCCAGAAGCAGCGCAUCUCGCUUGCCCGUGCGCUCUACUCGAACUCGCGUCAUCUGCUCCUGGACGACUGUCUCAGCGCGGUCGACUCGCACACGGCUAAAUGGAUCUUCAGCAACUGCAUCCGGGGCCCGCUGAUGCGCGGCCGUACCUGCAUCCUGGUUACGCACAACGUCUCGCUCUGUGUGCCACACUCGGAGUACUCGGUCAUCAUGAACAAUGGCCGCAUUGCUGACCACGGCCCGACCCAGGGCCUCAUUGACGCCGGAAAAUACGGCGAUGAGGUGCAGCAGAAGUCGCUUCCCGGCUCGGCCACCAUCUCACGGAUCCCGUCGCGUGUCCCCUCCAGCGUCGGCGACGAGGCGGAGAAUGAGACGAACGGAACACUUGUGGACGACGGCGGAGCGGCUGACCCGUCGCUGCCUAGCACGACUACUAACAGGACGAAGCGGGCUAAGCAGGCGGCGACGCGUCAGGACUCGACCGAAGAGACAAAGUCUACCGGAGCUGUCAAGUGGUCUGUCAUGAAGCUAUAUCUCUCGUCCAUGGGCUCCUGGUGGUUUUGGCUUGUGGCCGUGCUCGUCUUUUCCACGCAGCAGUUCAGUCUGGUGGCAUCCAACCUGUGGAUCAAGCAGUGGGCGAACCAGUACACGGAGGAAUCGGCUGACGCUGCGGCAACGAUCUGGAACUCGACGGUGUCCGUGGCCACCGGCCUUGGAAGGCAGCCUUCAAUAUACGCUCGGUCUAUGGUGCAGCAUGUGAUGUCGCCCGACACGUCAUCGUAUCUCUCUACGGUGUCGCAGACGUGGAUGCCCAAGAACUCGACUGUCUUCCAGGCCGAUUCUGCACUCGCGGCAGCUAUGGACCCCCAGGUCAACGUGCAGUACUAUCUGCUGAUCCUUGCCAUCAUCGGCAUUGCCGGAUCAGUGCUUGCCUUUGUCCGCGAUAUCUGGAUCUUCUUCGGCUCGCUGACGGCAUCGUGGAAGCUGCACGACCAGCUGAUGCACUACGUGGCCUUCUCCAAGUUCAAGUUCUUCGACGUCACGCCGCUCGGCCAGAUGAUGAACCGGUUCAGCAAAGACCUCGAGGCCGUCGACCAGGAGGUGGCGCCUGUGGCGAUCACCGUGAUGACGUGUGCGCUCGGCAUCGUCAUUACGAUUGUGCUCAUCGCCAUGAUCACGCCUGGCUUCCUGGUUGCCGCCCUGUUCAUCACGGUGCUGUACGUGCUUCUGGGCAAGUUCUAUCUGGCCUCGUCACGUGACCUGAAGCGUCUUGAGUCGGUGCAGCGCAGCCCGCUCUUCCAGCAAUUUGGCGAGACGCUGUCGGGCGUGACGACCAUCCGGGCGUACGGUGACGAGCGGCGAUUCGUGCGUGACAACCUGGCACGCAUCAACGCGCAGCUCCGGCCGUUCAUCUAUCUCUGGGCGGCUAACCGCUGGCUCUCGCUGCGGACGGAUCUGCUGGGCAACAUGGUCUCCUUCUUUGCCGGUGUGUUUGUGAUUCUGAGCCUAGGCCUGAUCGACGCCGGGUCAGCGGGCAUCUCGCUGAGCUAUGCGAUCGGGUUCGCGGAGAACAUCCUGUGGCUGGUGCGGCUGUAUGCGAUGAACGAGCAAAACAUGAACUCGGUUGAGCGCAUCAAGGAGUACCUCGAGGUCGAACAGGAGGCGCCUGCUGUCGUGGAAGACUGCCGGCCACCGGCCAACUGGCCGAGCCAGGGUGCAGUCGAAUUUGUGGACUAUACGACGCGCUAUCGGGAAGACCUCGACCCGGUUCUGCGGCAUCUGACCUUCCGCAUCGCCCCGCACGAGAAGGUCGGCAUUGUCGGCCGCACUGGUGCUGGCAAGAGCUCGCUGGCUCUGGCGCUGUUCCGCGCGCUCGAGGCAGAGACUGGCAAGGUGCUCAUCGACGGGCUCGAUAUUGGCCAGAUGGGGCUCCGGGAUCUUCGCGAGGCCAUUACUAUUGUGCCGCAGGAACCGACGCUGUUCAUGGGCACGAUUCGCAGCAACCUGGAUCCGUUUGACAACUAUAGCGACGAGGAUAUUUUUGCGGCCCUUCGCCGUGUGCAUCUGAUCGGGCCAGACGAGCGGAUUCCCGGCGAGCCGCUCGGAGAAGCGACUGCCGCAGCAGAAGGCAGCAGCAGUAGCAGCGAAGCAGACGUUCCGACGCCAACAUCGCCAACAAACAAGAACGUCUUCCUCGACCUGUCGACAAGCGUGGCCGAGUCGGGCUCGAACCUGUCCCAGGGACAGCGCCAGCUCCUGUGUCUUGCACGGGCGAUGCUGAAGAACCCCAACGUGCUGCUAAUGGACGAGGCCACGGCAUCGAUCGACUAUGCAACAGACGCCAAGAUCCAGGACACCAUCCGCGAGCUGACAUCGACCAUCAUCACAAUUGCCCAUCGGCUGCAGACGAUUGCCGACUACGACAAGGUCCUGGUGUUGGACCGCGGCUCGCUCGUCGAGUAUGACCACCCGUGGAAGCUGAUGAGCAAAGAGGACGGUGUCUUCCGGUCGAUGUGUGACAUGAGCGGUGACUACGAGACGCUGGCCAAGAUUGCCAAGAAGGCCUUUGAAACGAAGACGCUGAUCGACGUGGAGCAGCAGUAG